GUCACAGCGUGGCAUUCAGCAAGACACCUCUCCGACACCUCUCUGGCCGUGGGAUGAACCUCCCCGGAGCCAGCCCAUCCGCCAGCCGAUCCUAGGCUGGCUCUGCUAGGGGCUGGGGUUUUGAGUAACUGAGCACCACCCACAAGAGGACAAGAUGUUUGGGGGAAAAAUGGCCAGCUUUGGGAAGAAGCUGAUUCGCCGGCGCGUGGUGGAUUUGAGCUCUGAGGACACACGUUUUGCUCGCUGCCUCUCCACUCUGGACCUCAUAGCCCUGGGGGUGGGCAGCACGCUGGGGGCUGGUGUGUACGUGCUGGCAGGGGAGGUGGCCAAGGAGAUGGCUGGUCCUUCCAUCGUCCUCUGCUUCCUGGUAGCUGCUUUCUCAUCGGUACUGGCUGGACUCUGCUAUGCAGAGUUUGGGGCCCGCGUCCCCAAGACUGGCUCCGCCUACCUCUACAGCUACGUCACUGUUGGUGAAAUCUGGGCUUUCACAACUGGCUGGAACCUCAUUCUCUCUUAUGUGAUAGGCACGGCCAGCGUGGCUCGAGCCUGGAGCGCAGCAUUCGACAACAUCAUUGGCAACCACAUCUCCACCUUCUUCAUGGACAAGACCUCACUGAACCUGCCGGGGGUGCUGGCCAAGCACCCGGACUUCUUUGCUGUGAUCCUGAUCGGGCUGCUCACUGUGCUACUGGCCUUCGGUGUCAGUGAAUCUGCCCUUGUGAACAAAAUCUUCACGGCGGUGAACCUGGUGGUGCUCGGCUUUGUCAUCAUCGCCGGCUUCGUGAAGGGAGACAUCAAGAACUGGCAGCUCUCGGAAGAGGACUACAGCAACCUCUCGUACCUGGACCCGCUGAAUGACGUCGAGAAAAAAGACUUUGGCUCUGGCGGGUUUGUCCCCUUUGGACUGGAAGGGAUCCUGACGGGCGCUGCCACCUGUUUCUAUGCCUUUGUGGGCUUUGACUGUAUUGCCACCACAGGGGAGGAAGCCAGGAACCCACAGCGCUCAAUCCCAAUUGGCAUCAUUGUGUCCCUCCUCAUCUGCUUCGUGGCUUAUUUUGGGGUCUCUGCGGCCCUGACUCUCAUGGUGCCCUACUUCCUCCUGAACAAGGAAAGCCCUCUGCCUGAGGCUUUCAAAGCAGUGGGCUGGGAGCCUGCCCGCUAUGCUGUUGCCGUCGGCUCGCUGUGUGCCCUCUCCACCAGCUUGUUGGGGUCCAUGUUCCCCAUGCCCCGUGUGAUCUAUGCCAUGGCAGAGGAUGGACUGCUCUUCAAGUUCCUCUCCAGCAUCAACAACCGCACCAAGACCCCUCUAUCAGCCACCAUCGUCUCAGGGUUCCUUGCGGCGGUGAUGGCUUUCCUGUUUGACCUGAAGGACCUGGUGGACCUCAUGUCGAUCGGCACACUGCUGGCUUACUCCCUGGUGGCGGUGUGUGUGCUCAUCCUCCGGUACCAGCCUGGGCAGCUGAACUCCCCAAAGGCCAUGGAAAUGCUGGAGCUGAAUGGAAACGAGGAGGAGAGGGUGAUCACGAACCCAACCAUCACUGCUACCAGUGCCCUGCAGAUGCUCUUCAACCCACCCACGGACACCCCCACUGCACUCUCAGGGCGCAUCGUCUACAUCUGUGUCUCAGUCAUUGCCACACUGAUCACAGUUAUCUGUGUGGUCCUGACCCUUGAGAUGACCGCGCUGAAGGAUGCCAGUGUCAUCUGGAUCAUGCUCCUGGUGCUGCUCCUCGUAGUUCUGCUCAUUUCCACCAUCAUCAUUUGGAGGCAGCCACAGAGCAACGUGCGAUUGAACUUCAAAGUACCUUUCCUCCCAUUUCUGCCGAUCUUCAGCCUGUUCAUUAACAUCCUGCUGAUGGUACAGCUGAGUGCCAGCACCUGGGGGUGGUUUGCCAUCUGGAUGGUUAUGGGUUUUAUGAUUUACUUUGGCUAUGGGAUUCGGAACAGCGUGGAAGGGAAAAAUGCAGAGGAACCCUGUGCCACAGUAGAAAAGCCUCUGUGCCACCCUGAACUGGACCUCAGCUCUGAGGCUGCUGCAGUCUGAGGGAUCAGGCACCGGCACUCCGUGGACCUCUGUCAGUAUUCCUACUUGAGGACCAGAUCGUGAUCCACAUCAUACAUUCAUCCCAUCUCCUGAGGGGAAUGAGUCCCAGAGUCAGGACCGCGGAGUGGGCUGCCCUGUCCCCUUGCAGAACAGAGUUCACAGAGUCCCCAGGCCAGGUGGGAGUGCUGGUGGCUGGGGGCUGGUCUCUGCCGUUCCCCCAACCCCGCCAAGGGGCAGGACACUGUCAUUGCCCUGCUGCUGUGGAAGCUGCUAUCAGAAAUGCUGCUUUCCCUGCACACGGGAGGCCCCACGUGAUGGUGCAGCUGUAUUUGUUCCAUCUGUCCAUGCGGCUGUGGUCACCACCUCCUCUCUGUGCUUUCCAAGUGCUGGGUGUUUAAAUGACAACCAUGGCUGGAGCCGUGCAAAGAGGCUUGGUAUGGCUCAUUCUGGUACUGCCAACAAUUCGGUAUUCCCUGGCAGCACAGGGCUCAGCUGGCCGAAGCUUGUGGAUUUGCAUCCCACACUGAGCCCUGUGCUGCCCUGGUCAUGCUGCUUGGUGUGAACAGCUAGCUCAGGUGUCUGUGAAGAUGUCCACAGUAUAGCUGUACUGCUGUCCAACAUUGUAUGCUUUUGUACAAUUGUUAAUUUUAAUGUCAAUUUUUAUACUUAUUAAAGUAAAUGAUGUUUAAGUGCUUGGAUCUGUUGCUUCUGUUGCAUCUUGUGUUCAUGCUCUGUGGUCACUGACCCCUGGGCAGGACCCCAUGUGCUACUGGGCCGUGUGCCAGGCUGGUGCCAGUGCAGAGCAGAGCUUGGCCACAGCUGGCUCUGCAGAGUGAGUGCCCUGCCCAAAACCGACCCAAAACCUGCCGCCUGGCCCUUGCACUGUCCCUUGGGGUGC